AUGAAAGACGCCGUGACCAAUCGCCCGUCCUUGCUGGACUUGCGAUCCCACUCCGCCAACUCUGCCGCUUCUACUACUUCCCGACCUCUGCGAUCACCGCGCCUCCAUGUCGCCGGGGAAGCACCUCCCGAACUCUCUCCCUUGGAUGCCUUCGCCUUGCAGAGUCGACUGCUGGCUCGACAGCUCCAGGAAACUACCAACAAAGAUGGAAAUCGCGUUAGCCGACUUCCCCCUCUGACGGCUGAGAGCCCUCUGAUCAUCCAGGGCCGGUCAGAGUAUUUCCGAUCCAUGUCCCAGGACUCGGCAUCUGAGCGUGAUGAAUCCCCUGCCCCGACUUCCUCUGGACUGGGGCUGGUGGAAGACGCCUUUUCAGGUGAAGUUGAACGGCCAAGAUCCAUGCAUCCGCGGAUGAGUCGAAUUCCCGCCACACCCGAUGACGGCGCGCCUCCUGUGCCAGAAGAUCUACCAGAUGUACCAGAUAUUCCUGAAUAUGCUCGGGGCCGACGACUGGGACAACGCGAUGAUGCAAAUAGUUACUUCGGGGCACGGCAAGAUCGAUCCCCAUCACCUCUAGAAAACGAUAUCCUUCCUCCACUUGAUCGCCAAUCAACAAAAUCCCCUAUUUCUGGCCGUCCUCAGCCCUCGUCUUUCUCUUCUGCUUUUUCGGAUUCCUCUCCUCGGAGAUUCAAACAGAGCUCCCUUGACGAAAUCGGCCUGGCACCACCCAGAAGCCUCUUCCCAGGACGCUUUCCAAGUGCUUUGCCUUCUCCUGUGCCGACAGAAGAGGACUCGUUUGGUAACAUGUCCAGCUCGGUUCAGUCGCUGCCUUCUCGAAAACUGUCUUCUGGUAGCGCGGCUCUCCCACACCAUAUGGCAUCGUCUGUUAUGCCUUCUUUCCAACGAUCUCCAUCUGCUGCUUCUGAAUCUUCCGCGCUUCCUCGACCCGCCUUCAACUUUUCUCGGCCCAUGAGCAGAUCUGGAACCCCCAGUUUUGACCCUCCCAUCCGGCAGGCUUCGUCAGAUAGCCAGCCAUCAUUUAUACUGGCUGAUGAGUCGGCCCAGACUCCGAUAAGCAUGCACAGUGAAGCCUUUAUGGAACAGCCAGCAGACGGCAACAACGGGACAUAUGUCUACUCAAAGUUUGUUCUGCCUCGAGGAAAGUCAAUUCAGCGAUCCGAGUCUUCAGAUAACCGGCCUCAAGCGGCUGCACCACCCUCACCUCCCACUCGGCCGUCUAGCUCUGCUCGUACUAUCCCGGAUGAUGCUGCCAGUAUCUCCAGCGCGAUGACAAGACAGCAGAGCGAUGCAGAGAAGCUCAGCUCAGAGAGCUCUAGCCGUGGGCCUAGACCUUCGAAUGAGUCUAGGCGACAGGCCGAAGAUGCCCCUAGAGGCAGAUCACGCACCAUGCACGCCGGAGAAGCACCUAGGGGUAGAACACCUGCCUCGAUUGGUACGAGCGAUUCUGCUAAUACGGUACGCCCGACCAUGUCCGUCCGAUCAACAACGAGCACCGCCGGGCCUGCGCCUGCACCUACUGCUGCGGAGAUGACAGCUGAAGAGCACCUUGCAAAGGGAAUAGAGUGCCAUGAGAAAGGCUCUCUAAACGAAUCAACCUAUCAUCUCCGUCAUGCAGCUCGACUCAACCACCCAACAGCCAUGCUUCUGUAUGCUCUUGCUUGUCGCCAUGGUUGGGGCAUGAAAGCCAAUCAGAAAGAAGGCGUGCAGUGGUUACGGAAAGCAGCUGAUAUGGCAAGUGGGGAGGUUGCAGAGGAUGAGGGGAUGGCUAAGGAAGGAAAGCGUAUCAACAUUGCUGAAAAUAAAACCCACAAGGCACAAUUUGCCUUGAGCAUCUACGAGUUGGGCGUAAGCCAUAUGAACGGAUGGGGUAUUGAGCAAGACAAAGCCCUCGCGCUGCGUUGCUUCGAAAUCGCUGGCACAUGGGGUGAUGUCGAUGCUUUGGCGGAAGCUGGUUUCUGCUACGCUCAGGGAAUCGGCUGCAAGAAGAACUUGAAGAAGAGUGCCAAGUUUUACCGAAUGGCUGAAGCUAAGGGCAUGAGCAUGGUUGGAAACAGCUGGAUCCAUAAGGCAAAAUACAUGGAUGACGAGGAUGCCCCAGAUAUCCCGAAGAAGGCUCGAGCCCGCAGCAAAUCGCGCUCACGGGCAAUGUUUGGUAAAAAACCCGCUUCAUAA